AUUGCAUUCAUAUUAUUUACACUGGUAAAUAAUUUAUUCUUUCAGUAGUUUUUAAGGAAAUUUCUCACCUACUUAUAUAAAGUAUAUUUUUAUAAUUUAUUUUUAUUCUUCACAACUGAGUCAGCAAUACAAAUUAAUCGAUUUGAUUUGUCAAUAUGGGAUACAAUCGAGUAUCGAAGUGAAGUUCCAACACAACAAUGCUCAACGUUUGCAUUUUUUGUGAAUAAAUUUUUCCGUCUGCUGCUGAAUAGUUUAUUAUUCAAUGCCGGAAUAAAUUAGUAAAUAUUAUGUGUUGUAAAGGAUUAGAAACAUUUUUAGUGCUAGUUCAAUGCUAUACAUAAAUUGAAAUAUCGAGUUUGUUAUAAUACACUGUAUCAGUGUGUGAACUUACAGAACUUUCACCGUUUUACCAAUCUAUCAAUCAGAUUAGAACAAUAUCAAGAUUUUUAUGUGUUUAUCUUUCUAAUUGUUUAUUUAUAACUUCUCCACGUCAGUUAUAAAUUAUAUUACAUCAGCCGUAAUGGAGACUUUAGUAUACUGCUUGUAUUUCAUAUUUUUAACCUCAAUUUUUUCUAGUGUCAAUAGCCUACGUUUUCAUCUCAAUCCAAAUUCGGUGAAAUGCAUCAAAGAAGAAAUAAGACAGAAUGUACUCACUGUGGGUGAAUUUGAGGUUACAGAAAUUCAUGGCCAAAAAGUGGAUUAUAUUGUAACUGACAGUAAAGGACAUAUUUUAGCCCAGCACCAAGACAUUGGUAAGGAGAGAGGAAAAUUCACGUUUGUUACCGAAACUUACGACAUGUUUGAAGUUUGCUUCACAUCGCGUGUUCCACCUCAUGUGAGAGGUGAAAUGCACGAGGUCUACUUGGUAAUCAAACGAGGUGUAGCGGCUAAAAGUUACGAAGGACUUGGCGAAGCAGCAAAAUUGAAGCCUAUGGAGGUUGAACUGAAAAAGCUGGAGGAUCUGUCAGAGUCUAUCGUUCAGGAUUUCGUACAGAUGAGAGAAAGAGAAAUAGAGAUGCGUGAUACUAAUGAAUCGACGAACAACAGAGUGCUCUACUUCAGCAUUUUCAGCAUGUGUUGUCUGCUCGGCCUCGCCACGUGGCAGGUGCUCUACUUGCGGCGAUUCUUCAAAGCUAAGAAACUCAUCGAAUAGAAACACUCGAGUGAAUGAGCGAAAGAGAGGUGGUUCAAUUCUUACUACUUGUGUAUAUAAUUUUUUCGUAGUGAUGUUUGAUUGUGGAAAUAAGUUUGUUUUUGUAAUUUCAAAUAACUAUCACUUCUGACUUUGUAUUGUUGGUUGGCUUCUCGAAUAAAAUGUUUCAGAAUAAAUUA